UACCUCUCUCAGUACCUGUGUGAUAAGACCACUAGCCACAUCCCCACUUGUCGUUGUAAACAACGAAUGAACCGGCCUCAACUCCUAGGAAAAUGUCUAACCGAAACCCCAAUCAACACCUCCAGGAGCACGAUAAUCCCACAUUCGAUCUCAGCUGGGACUAUGGAUACGAUGGCGAAUUGCGCGUUGCACCGCCACCCAGCGUGACUCCCGUUGUCCACUCAGGAGAAAACCGAAUCAUCACGGCACAACCGCAAAAUUAUGAUAGUGGUCUGCACUUAUCAGUUCCGGCUAUUGCAAUCGAACCAGCUAUCCGGUCAGUUAACAGUCCAUUUCUGACACCAUUCAAUCCACGAUCCGGGCUAGACUUUCUCUAUGGACUUGCAUCGAUCUUCAUCGAACAGACAUAUGAACUAAAUGACUUCUUGACAGCCGUAUCCUCAGAAAACCGUUACACCGUUCGAGGGCCGUCUAACGAAGCCCUCUACGGAGUAUCGGAAAGUUCGGACCCGGGCGAUCGCUGCUGGGGCUCUCUUCGGCCAUUUCAGCUAUCGCUCGUCGACCGAAACCACCAGGAAGUGCUGCUGCUGAAGAAAAAUCUCGGAUGCGGAAUCUUCUGCUGCUUCUGCAAGAACCAAUUCCUGGAGGUUUGGGCAACACCGGGCACACUGAUCGGCUGCAUCCAGCAGGAUUUUGGCCUGUCCUCGAGGGAGAUCAUCCUCAUGAACGGCGAUUUGGACAUAAUGUUUCGGAUACCGAUUCCGCUGGUGGACGCCAUACGGAUGCCCAAGGAAACGCAUUUCCGCGUGUUGGAUCGCGAACUGCGGGCACAGAAGGGAACGAUCACCAGAGCGUGGAACGUGGCGAGCUCUUCGUACACGAACAACAUCUACUUUAGCGAUCCGGAGUUGGACGUGCGGCUGAAGGCGUUGUACAUCGGUGCCACUUUUAUGUUGGAAUAUCUAUAUUUUCAAUCUAAGUGUUGCUGAAAUUGAUAAGGACGAGACACUCAAUUUACCUUCGAUAUCGACUUUUAUUCUAUUUUAUACUUAAUAUUAUACAAUACAGCAUUACAAUACCAGCAUUUUCCAAA